AUGUCCGCCGUCGCAACCAAUUCUCUGCCCACGUGGGCAGAAGGUCUCCAGAACCCGCCGGCACACAAGUCGAAGCAGGCCGGGAUUCCCGACCCCCCGGGGUACCCUUCGUCGCAAUCGCCGUCCGGCUCCAAGAAGAAGGAUGCCAAGGACAGCAAGACCGCCCCGCGAAAGGCGCCGACACCCGAGGAGAUGGAUACGUUGAAGCUCAAGAAGGCCUGGGAGGUGGCGUUGGGCCCCAUAAAGAGCCUUCCUAUGACGGGCAUCAUGAUGUACAUGUCGGGAAACUCGCUGCAGAUCUUCAGCAUCAUGAUGGUGUUCAUGGCCUUCAAGAACCCCAUCAUGGGCAUUCUGGGCACCAACCAGGCCUUCGAGCGUUUCGAGACGGAGAGCAACCGAGCCAAGAUGCUUCAGGUCAAGCUGGCGUACGUGGCCAUGCAAGCGGUUGCGUUGGCACUCGGGAUAUGGAAGAUCAACGGGAUGGGGUUGCUACCAACAACGAGAUCGGACUGGCUUGCCUGGGAAUCCCAGCGCGAAGCCGUGGAGCAUGCGGUGUCGGCGUUAUAG